AUGUCUCGCUUCUCCCCGGAAACCACAACGGUCGUCUUCCUCCUCGGCGGCCCAGGCUCAGGCAAGGGCACGCAAUCCACAAACCUCGUCCGCGACUACGACUUCACGCACCUAUCCGCCGGCGACCUCCUCCGCGCCGAACAAGUCCGCCCCGAAUCCCAAUACGGCGAGCUCAUCAAGUCGUAUAUCCGCGAGGGCCAGAUCGUGCCGAUGGAGAUCACCGUCGCGCUGCUCUCGAACGCAAUGGCGGAGAAACUGGCCGAGAACGAGAAGAGCAAUUCCUCUGCUGCGGGCACCGGCGGCAAGGCUCGCUUCCUCAUCGAUGGGUUCCCGCGCAAGCUAGAUCAGGCGGUGUUCUUUGAGGAGACGGUUUGUGUUUCAGAGUUUACGCUGUUCCUUGAUACCUCCGAGGAGGUUAUGGAGAAGAGGUUGUUGAAGAGGGGGGAAACGAGUGGGCGGGAUGAUGAUAAUGCGGAGUCCAUUCGGAAGCGGUUCCGGACGUUUGUUGAAACUAGCAUGCCUGUUGUUGAUGCGUUUGAGGCGCAGGGCAAGGUCAUCAAGGUUGAGGCUACGGGUACUAUUGAGGAGGUUUAUGCGAGAAUCCAGGCUGGGUUUGAGGCGAGGGGUCUUAGGCCUGCUUCUUUCUAA